GGUCCUAACUUUGAAUUUUCUACUGAAACUCAUGAAGAACUGCUCUACAAUAAGGAAAAGCUCCUCAACAAUGGAGACAAGUGGGAAGCAGAGAUUGCUGCCAACAUACAAGCUGAUUACCUAUAUCGAUAGACAUCACACACAGACAUGCAGGUGUACAAAUGUACAGUAUACACAAACCAUCUUUUGCGCCCCACACACAUUUUGACUCAAACCCAGAGGAAAUGGAUGGUCAGUUUAGAUUUAGUUUUGUUGUCCAUUCUUAUUUUAAACACAACAUAAAUAUCCUCAGUAUCAUAUUAUUCGAUAUUUAUUGUAGAACAAUCAAUACCCCACUGGCUAUUUGUGUAAGGAGUCUAAAGCUGUCACAGCCUGGUCUAGUAUAUUAUCAUUCAAUGAAGACUAUACUUUGUGUGGAAAUUGAAUUUAAUAACAUGUAGACUGAGUCAAGCUAUGUCAGUGUGAGCAUGUACCCCGAGGGUAGACUGCAAUCUGGAUUUCAUCUUCACUGUCAGUGUAAGGGUGCAUGGAUUAUCAUCUAGUGAGUUGUAUGUUUAUCAUGCUGCUUCCACUUUCAAGCAAAUAAAGAACCAUCUGGGAGAAA